GUUCUAAAGGUGCAUUGCUUAGCUAAUCCAAUUUCUACCCAGCUCCCACUUACGUGGCGAGUAUUCAUGGUGCAGUCAAAGGGAGAUACCUGCUCAGAAUGAAAGGACUACUAUUCUGUGUUUUUGUCAUCAUGAUGCUCACACCUGCUCAAGGUGAGGAAGAGGAGCAGCUGAUGGAGUUGGAGGGACUGAAACCAGAGGAAUCGUACCUGGAGUGUUUCCGCUGCGAUCUGGGCUUCUGGGACGCCUGCUACACGACAGAAACCAACUGCAGCCGCGGGGAGCUCUGCUACACGGGCCGAGGGAAGGCAGCUGAUUCUCUGGAUAUAAAGACGCUGGGCUGUGCGAAUGCCGAGGAGUGCAACGCGAAGACGACGGUGGCGCUUUUUUUAAAUAAUACAAUCUUUGUUAUGACCAAAUCCUGCUGUGACACCCCUUUCUGCAACUCUGCACAAGAAUUACCCAUAUACACAGUUUUUCAAAUCACUUUGGCUGGUUUAACCAUCAGUCACAUCACUAAAGCCUUGGUUGGAUAAAAAAAAUUACUUUUAUUCAGU